AUGGCCAACGCGUCGCAGUGUCUGGAGGAGGGCUCGGGGCGCUGGCCGCCGCCGGCCGGGCCGUACAGCGAGGCGCAGCGCCUGGCGCUGGAGGAGCUGGUGGCGGGCGGCCCCGAGGCGCUGCGCGCUUUCCUGCGGCGGGAGCAGCUGCCGCCCUUCCUGUCGGAGCCCGAGGUGCAGGACAUCGCUCGGGCCGCGCUGCCGCCCGCCGCGGGCCCGGAGCCGGCGGCCGAGCCCUCGGCCGGCUCGUCGCUCGACGCCUCGUCGCUCACCUACUUCCCCGAGCGCUCGGACCUGGAGCCGCCGGCGCUGGAGCUGGGCUGGCCGGGCUUCGCCAGCGGCGCCUUCCGCGGGCUGACGCGGGUGGAGGCGCAUUUCCAGCCCGGCUGCGGGGACAGCAUCUACGGCUGCAAGGAGGCGGUGCGGCGGCAGAUCCGCUCCGCCCGACAGAUGAUUGCCCUGGUUAUGGAUUCCUUCACAGAUACCGAUAUCUUCACAGACCUCUUGGAAGCCUGUAGGCAACGGCAAGUUAAAGUGUAUAUCCUUCUAGAUCAGUCUUCCUUUUCCCACUUUCUAAAAAUGUGCAAGGAUCUGGGAGUUGACCUUGAGCAGGAAAAGCUCAUGAGGGUUCGGAUUAUCAUGGGGAGCACAUACUGCACCAGGUCAGGUGCCAAAAUCAUUGGAAAAGUCCGUGAAAAGUUCAUGUUAAUUGAUGGCAUUAGAGUGACAACAGGCUCCUACAGUUUUACAUGGACAGAUGGGAAGCUGAACAGCAGUAACAUUUUGAUCCUGUCAGGCCCCGCAGUUGCGCACUUUGACCUGGAAUUUCGGAUUCUUCAUUCACGGUCAAAGCCUAUCAACCUCAAAGAGUUUUCCAGCUGCAAGAAGAACAGGGUGUGGGACCAGCUGUUCAGGAUAACAGUGGCUUCCAGAGACGUGACCAGGGAACACUUCCUGAGAAUGGAAUUUUUGUAUCUGAGAGCAUUUGUAGGAGACCUGAAGAGGAAGAGGAGCUGGCUGCAUGCCUCCAGGGAAGCCGUGUACUCCCCAAAUAACAAGAUGCACACCUCUCCCCCGCUGACUAAGAGGAAUGGCUCCCUGGUUAUGAGGCCACACUGGAUCAUAGAGAGAUGA